UCCGUUGGAAAUUUGGAUUGAAUUGCCGGUGCUGGAAUCCAUGUUUACCAAUGCAAUUUCCUACAUUCACAUCUCAAUCAGGUGCUCUGAGUUUAUCUCCGCCGCUAAUUAAUGAUUUUGCAAUCAGCUUCUGCGAGCUUCCAUUUCUCGCAGCCGCGGCCUCUUCCUCCUCACUGCCCAUGUGGAAAUUUCGCCCUGCCCAAUAAAAACCCACAACUUCCUCUCCAUCCCUUCAUCUAAAAGAAGAAGAAAGCAGCUGCUUAUCGUCAAUUUUCCUCGAAAAAGCGUCAGAAGAAAAUGGGGUUGUAAUUCCUUUGCGAUUUCGCCCCCCGAUGCUCCGGGUUCCUCCAUGAACAUAACGAAUUCAGCGAGACAGGGUGCGAAAAACUUGGUGAUAAAUCGUUUCUCCGGUGAACUGGAAGCCGAUGAGUUUUCCGAAGAGUCGCCGGUUCAAAUGGGGAACAAUUUCACCAGCUUUCAGGAGGACCCUUUCGUGGAUAAGCUCAGAACUCAGCUGGGAGUGAUACAUCCCAUUCCAUCGCCUCCAAUAAACCGAAACAUUGGGGGGUUGUUUGUGUUCUUCUUCUUUGUAGGCGUCGCGUUUGAUAAAUUGUGGAAUUCAAGGAAGAAGAGCAAGCUGGGUGGUGACAAUGGCCGCAGAGAGGCAUGGCCGCAAGUGCCCACGAGCUUUUCGCUGUUUCUGGAGAAGGAUUUGCAGAGGAAGGAGUCGGUGGAGUGGGUGAACAUGGUGUUGGGGAAGCUGUGGAAGGUUUAUCGAUCCGGGCUUGAGAAUUGGCUCAUUGGGUUGCUGCAGCCGGUAAUUGAUGAUUUGAAGAAGCCUGACUAUGUUGAGAGAGUUGAAAUCAAGCAGUUUUCGCUGGGGGACGAGCCGUUGUCUGUUAGGAAUGUCGAGCGGAGGACUUCCCGCCGCGUUAAUGAUCUGCAGUACCAAAUAGGUCUACGUUAUACUGGUGGUGCUCGUAUGCUGUUAAUGCUCUCACUAAAAUUUAGCAUUAUUCCCAUUUACGUGCCAGUUGGUGUUCGGGAUUUUGAUAUUGAUGGGGAACUUUGGGUCAAGUUACGGCUAAUACCUACAUCGCCUUGGGUGGGAGCCGUUCAAUGGGCUUUUGUUUCACUUCCCAAGAUCAAAUUUGAAUUGUCGCCUUUCCGCCUGUUCAAUUUGAUGGCAAUUCCUGUUCUCUCAAUGUUUUUGACAAAACUUCUCACCGAGGAUUUACCCAGAUUAUUUGUACGCCCAAAAAAGAUUGUCUUGGAUUUCCAGAAAGGAAAAGCAGUUGGCCCAGUUGGAAAUGAUUUCAAGUCAGGGGACAUACAAGAAGGAAACAAGGAUUUUGUUGGAGAAUUAUCAGUGACCCUUGUAGAUGCUCGGAAGCUUUCCUAUGUUUUCUAUGGCAAAACGGAUCCCUAUGUUACACUAAGCCUGGGAGAUCAAAUUAUACGCAGUAAAAAAAACAGUCAAACUACUGUUAUUGGACCCCCUGGUGAGCCGAUCUGGAAUCAGGAUUUUGAUAUACUCGUGGCCAACCCUAGAAAACAAAAAUUAUACAUCCAAGUCAACGAUUCUCUUGGAUUCGCAGACUUAACUAUUGGUACAGGAGAGGUUGAUCUGGGAUCUCUUCAAGACACUGUACCGACGGACAGGAUUGUGGUACUGCAAGGAGGUUGGGGCCUCUUUAAAAAGAAGUCUGCUGGUGAAAUACUACUUCGACUGACAUAUAAAGCAUAUGUUGAGGAUGAAGAGGAUGACAAAACUCAGGUGGCUUCUACGGAUACCGACGCUUCAGAUUCAGAUGAUGAGUUGUCUGAUUCUGAAAAGGAUAAACUAGAGUCUGCAAAUGAAGCAGACAAAGAAUCCUUCAUGGACGUUCUAGCAGCUUUGAUUGUGAGUGAAGAAUUUCAAGGGAUAGUGGCAUCCGAAACAGGAAAUGCCAAACUUGUGGAUGAUAUCUCAAUUACAGGGUCAAAAUUUUCAAAAAUGCAGCGUGGACGUGAUGCUGAAUCUGUGCCUUCAAAUUCCAGUAAUAAUUCGGACGAUUCUCAAGGAGUAUCCAUGGAAUCCACCUUACUUUGGCUUUCAUUACUUGCUGGCAUAUCAGUGCUAAUUGCACUCAACAUUGGUGGCUCAAAUAUUUUCAAUCCUUGAGAUGCGAAGGAGCUUGAGAACUAGAUCUCAAAACUAGCUAUAACAAAGUAAUACUGGAAAUCCUUCUUCGCUGGUUCCACAUUACUCCUUGAGUGUAUUAUAGCUCGUUAUCCAGCUUACUGUUUCGGGGUAGCCCAUCACUUGAGUUUGGAUUUCACAAAGAACUACCCUUGUCCAUGGCAGGGUGGAUAACUCUCCGGUAACUUAAAGAUGGACGGACCUACCAACUGAAUUCAUUUCCAACGUCCACUCUACACUUUGUAUAUUUGUGACUAUUGCAGAGGAAAUUCCAUCGGCGGCAUUUUUCGCUUUUAUUUUUCAUUUUCUUUGCAAGAGGCCUCCAUAGGUAGUGUGAUAGUUACCAGGUAUCUUCUCUUCACUAACUGUUCAUAUAGCCUUUCUUCUUUCUCUUCUGAGACAAGGAGGUUUCAAAGAUUCUGUAAUUUAGAUUUGGGGACUGGAAGCAACUAAUGAUUUACUCAUUGAUUUGAUGUUAGAAAUGUAUAAGGGCCGAAAGCCCAAAGAUGAAAUAUUGGAAAUGGAUUCAUAUUUCAAGCUA